GGCAGGGAAGCCCGUCGGGGCGGCGGCGGGGAGCGGCCCGGGGCCGGACGCGGCCAGCCGACUCGGGACCUGACGCACACUCGCACAAAAAGGCCGGAAAGUGUGCGGAGGAAGCCGGCGCGUCACGGGGCGCGGAGCCGGGACCUGCCGCGGCCGCCAGCUGCGUCCCGGGACCUCGGCCGCACACCCGCCGCUCCGCCGCCUCGGCCGCCACCGCCACCCCCGCGGCGCCGCCAAUGAACCCGCUCCCGCUCCUAGUGGGUUUUUCCACUUUGCUGAAUUGUUGCUACACUCAAAAUUGCACCAAAACAGCUUGUCUUACAAAUGCAAAAUGUGAAACACGGAAUGGAGCUGAAGCCUGUUAUUGCAACAUGGGAUUUUCAGGAAAUGGUGUCACUAUUUGUGAAGAUGAUAAUGAGUGUGAAAAUGUAACCCAGUCCUGCGGUGAAAAUGCUAACUGCACUAACACAGAGGGAAGUUACUAUUGUAUGUGUGCACCUGGUUUUAGAUCCAGCAGUAACCAAGAAAGGUUUAUCACUAAUGAUGGAACCAUCUGCAUAGAUAUAGAUGAGUGCAGUGAAUCAGCUGCCUGUGGUGAUCAUGCAGUGUGCGAAAACGUGGAUGGUGGGUAUAACUGCUCCUGCCAGGAAGGUUAUCAGACAUCCACAGGAAAAUCACAGUUCACACCUAAUGAUGGUUCUUACUGCCAAGAAAGCAUGAAUGCUGACUGCCAUUUAGAUAAUGUCUGUAUUGCUUCAAACAUUGAUAAAACUUUAACAGAAAUUAGACACAUAGAUGAACCCAUGGCUUUGCUACAAAAAGUCUACAGAAACUCUGUGAAAGAUCUUUCACCAAUGGAUAUAAUUACAUAUACAGAAAUAUUAGCUGAAUCAUCCCUAUUACUGGGUUACAUGAAUAGCACUAACUCAGCUAAGGACACACUUUCUAAUUCAACUCUUACUGAAUUUGUAAAAACUGUGAAUAAUUUUGUUCAAAAGAGUACAUUUAUAGUUUGGGACAAGUUAUCUAUGAAUCGUAGAAGAACUCAGCUUACAAAACUGAUGCAUGCUGCUGAACAAGCUACCUUAAGGAUAUCUCAGAACUUCCAAAAGACCACUCAGUUUGAUACGAAUUCAAGUGAUGUAGCUCUCAAAGCUUUCUUUUUUGAGUCAUAUAACAUGAAACAUAUUCAUCCCCAUAUGAAUGUGGACGGAGAUUAUAUAAAGAUAUUUCCAAAGAGAAAAGCUGCGUAUGAUUCAUAUGGCAAUGUUACAGUUGCAUUUUUAUAUUAUAAAAGUAUUGGUCCCUUGUUUUCAUCAUCUGACAACUUAUUGGAACCUCAAAGUUAUGAUAAUUCUGAAGAGGAGGAAAAAGUCAUCUCUUCAAUAAUUUCAGUUUCAAUUAGCUCGAACCCACCCACACUGUAUGAACUUGGAAAAAUAACAUUUACAUUAAGUCACAUAAAGACUACAGAUAAGUAUAGGAGUCAAUGUGCCUUUUGGAACUACUCAUCUGCCACCAUGAACGGCAGCUGGUCUUCAGAGGGCUGCGAGCUGACGUUCUCAAAUGAGACCCACACCUCGUGCCGCUGUAAUCACCUGACACAUUUUGCAAUUUUGAUGUCUUCUAGUCAUUCCGUUGGUAUUAAAGAUUAUAAUAUUCUUACAAGGAUCACUCAACUAGGAAUAAUUAUUUCACUGAUUUGCCUUGCCAUAUGCAUUUUUACCUUUUGGUUCUUCAGUGAAAUUCAAAGCACCAGGACAACAAUUCACAAAAAUCUCUGCUGUAACCUAUUCCUAGCUGAGCUUGUUUUUCUUGUUGGCAUCAACACAAACACUAAUAAGCUCUUUUGUUCCAUCAUUGCUGGGCUGCUGCAUUACUUCUUUUUAGCUGCCUUUGCCUGGAUGUGCAUCGAAGGCAUCCACCUCUAUCUCGUUGUUGUAGGAGUCAUCUACAACAAGGGAUUUUUGCACAAGAACUUUUAUAUCUUUGGCUAUCUCAGCCCAGCUGUGGUAGUUGGAUUUUCAGCAUCAUUAGGAUAUAGAUAUUAUGGCACCACCAAAGUAUGUUGGCUUAGCACAGAAAACAACUUUAUUUGGAGUUUUAUAGGACCAGCAUGUCUAAUCAUUCUUGUUAAUCUUUUGGCUUUUGGAGUUAUCAUAUACAAAGUUUUUCGUCACACUGCAGGGCUGAAACCAGAAGUUAGUUGCUAUGAGAACAUAAGAUCUUGUGCCAGAGGAGCCCUUGCUCUCCUGUUCCUUCUUGGCACAACCUGGAUCUUUGGAGUUCUCCAUGUCGUGCACGCAUCAGUGGUGACAGCUUACCUCUUCACAGUCAGCAAUGCCUUCCAGGGGAUGUUCAUUUUCUUAUUCUUGUGUGUUUUAUCUAGAAAGAUCCAAGAAGAAUAUUAUAGAUUGUUCAAAAAUGUCCCUUGUUGUUUUGGAUGUUUAAGGUAAAAAAUAGAGAACAAUGGAUUGCUACACAAAAAUAAAGAUCCAAGCUGUGGAUCGCCAAUGCAUAAGAAUGACUUGAACUAAUUAUCCAAUUAUUAAUUAUGAAAUAAUCAAAUAUUUGAAAUCAGUCUUUCUGUUUACAGUGUGAGAACAGUAGAUAAGAGGUGAAAUUAUAUACCACAUAGCUAUAGUAUGCUCUCCUACAUGACAUAGUUAAUUAUGUUAAAAAUAGUAUUGCAAAUAUUUGAAAAGUAACUGGUUUCUCAGGAGUGAUAUCACUGUGCCCAAGGAAAGAUUUCUUUCUAACAAAAGAAAUAUAUAUGAAUGUCCUGAAGGAAACCACUGCAUUCAUACUUUUGUGACUCAUGUUGCCUUUGAAACUAGUCCCCUAUCACCUUGGUAAUGAGCUCCGUUGCAGAAAGUGGAACAUAAGAGAAUGAAGGGGCAGAAUAUAAAACAGCAAAAAGCUAAUGGUUAUUAUAACAAGGAGAUAUAUUUUCAGUAAGCCUAUUUUUUUGUAAGCUAGAUGUGAAAUUAUAGAGAUAAAAUAAAGAAUAAACACACCUUACCAUUUCAUGAACUGUUCUGAACUUAAAUUUCUACUUAAACAACUUAGACCUAUUUUUUAUCAUAUCCAUUUUCUUCCAUUUUGAAACACACAAAACUUCACAAAUGAAAAAAACAAACAUUUCUGUUACAUUUUUAGGUUAACAUUAGAAAGAGUUAUAUGUUGUUUCUGAGGUAUAUACUUCACAAACUGUGACUUCAAAUGCUUAAUCAGUAAUACAUAAAUGUGCCAAAAUACAGUAUUUUUCAUGGCUGUAAAUGUAAAAAUAGUGUAUAUAAAGCUGAAGUAUUCUACUCGAUAUCAUUUUGGUGUAGUAAAAAAUAUCAUAUCUUUGAACUAGUGUAUUUGAAUUCUUUAUUGCUUUUAAUUUUAGAAUAUUUAGUUCACACUGUAAUAUUCCGUUUUAACUGUUUUUAAAAGGGCAUUGUAAAUAUGAAAGUAUUCAUAAAGUGAAUUGCUAUUUUUUAUGUUCAGAAAAGUACACAUUUAAAAAUGUUAUUUAUAACAAAGAAAUCACUGAGGACUGUAGAAAUUGUCACAGUGGAUCUACUUUCUGACAGUCUUCUACUAUCCAUUAAAGCAUGUCUGCUAAAUGUAUGUGCAAGGCUUCUGUCUAUCCUCCAAUCUUCUCAUUAAAAUACAGAAGCAUUGAUUUUAUUUCAAAAAUAUGUAAUUGAUCUAUACCUACCUGUAGAAGUAUGCCAAUACAUUAAAUGUUGUGAUUUUAAAAUAAUUUCUCCAGCUGUUAAAUUGAAAUUUGUCCAAUCUUGCUCUAAUAAAUAAAAUAUCAUCUAAAUGAA